GGUAAAGAAGCUUACAACACUAUCUCAUACAUAAAGUUGCCUUAAAUUGAUGGCCAUUUCUGUGUUGUCUAAGUUUUUUUAUCAACGUUGCUACAUUUACUUUGAAUUAUUGUGUGUGUAAGUGUUAACACAUGAAUAUUUUUUGUGAUAGGAUAGUCAGAGUAUCGGCACUUGCGUCUGGGCCCCCAGUGCCGAACCAGAGCACGAAGGAGCGUUUAUCACUGAAGAACCAUGGCGGCUGAUGGCUGAAGGUCGCUACAAUCGCGUCCCAUUCAUGUCGGGAGUCACGGACCUCGAACUAGUAAACAAUAUUCACGGUAAUGCAACGCUAGCAACAGAAGAAGGUAUUAGCUACUUCAACGAAAACUUUGAGGCUAUUAUUGGAUGUGAUCUGAGGCUUCCAACCAGAGCCGAACGGCUGAAUGGCGCUCGUGCAGUGAAACAGUUUUAUUACAAUGGCAGCGACAUCACAGUGCAGGAUAAUUUCACCACAGCUUUGUUAGAUUCUCAUAUGUUUUUCGUGGAGGGAGUUGACGCUGUCGUAAGGAAUAUGGCUAACUAUUCCUCAGAGCCUGUAUACUACUAUGAAUUUACUUACAACGACGGACCUUUCAACCGAUAUCCUGAAGGCGUAGGCCAUGCUAUCGACAUAGCAUAUAUGUUCCUUUCAUUCUGGCUUGAUCCCACAUCUGACGGGGCUAUUCUCCGAGACCAGAUGACUGCAAUGUGGACUAACUUCGCUAAGUACGAUAAUCCGACUCCAGAAUUGAACUCAAUGCUGACACAAAAAUGGGAAGCGUACAACGAAUCGCUGCCGUUCUACAUGGAACUGACAUCUCCUCUGAAGCCAGGAAUGAGGUUAUAUGAGCCGUACAUGAACUUCUGGCACAGUUUACUGCCAUAAUAAGUGCAACAACUGGAAUAUAAUUUUUGUGAUGCUUCACUGAUUCUAAAGUGGUCAACGUUGAUAUCUUCCAAA